UCCGAAUAAAUCCGAAAGCGUCAAAGUGUCAAAUAUCGCAAAAUCAGUAGUUUUUUUUUUGUUUUUCAAGUUUUUGUGUUCUUGCUUCUUGCAAAAAUGAUGGACCAAGAAAGUUUGAAGCCAUUCGAUGAUGAUUUAGAAGAUGGAGAACUAUCGGACAGCGAUGAAGGCUACACACCGCUUCCAAGACCGGGAACCACUAGCACCAGCAGUGAACCUAUCGACAGUAUUCCCCCACAAAUAACACCAAAUGUGCCAGUCAAAAUGGAAGAAGCUAUCGAAGAUAGUCCUUCUGACUUUGGGCCAACCACUUCAUCGUCAUCGGAUUCAGAUGAUUGCCUUAAACUCGGUGGCGUCGGGGAUAAUGCUAAAGACUCAAAGAAAUCUCGAAAGAAGAAGACAAAGCGCACCGUUCUGUUGCGUGUCAAGGCUGCCAAUGACCUCCAGGAUAAGAAGGGUCGCUUCAAAAAAUACGACAUUUGGGCAUCUAGUUUGCAAGAGGAAACCUUAACAGAAAAUAUGCGAGGCAUUGGGGUCAGGCAUGAUAUACGCUCCGAUAGGAAUGUAGAGAACUACGAUUAUACCCUGAAGUAUCGACUUAACGGAGAGAAUUCCCUCAAACGAAGACUGUCCACUUCGAGUGACGAGCACUCGGAGAAUGACUUUCACCAGCAAGCCAAACGUUCUCGUGCCGGAGGUGUUAAAAGUCGUCUGGGACAAAGAUCACAUCGACCAUCUGAGAGUAGUUCGGAAUACAACGAACCACGACACAUUGUAGAUCUAGAGGAACCUGUGGUGGGAAGGCCACCUCUCGAAAUCGCCAGAGAAAUGGCUAACAAGUUGUUCGAGGAGAAGGAUGAGUUGUUAGUGAGGAUAGUUGAGGUCAUCGGCCCCGACCUGGCCGUUGAAAUGUUCAAAGAAACACAACGAAUUGAGCGCGAUGGUGGGAUGAUGAUUUUGAACGGCAAACGACGUCGCACACCAGGUGGGGUGUUCUUUUUCUUGCUGAAAAAUCACGACCGCAUCACUCCAGACGAGAUGAAACUCAUUUUCUACGAUGAGCGGCAAGCGGCAAAUAGAACCCAGAAAGAGAUUCAAGCGUUAAAACGCCAUCGCAAAGUGGAAGAGCUAAAGAAACGACUCAGUGCCAAAGAGAAAAAUCUUCCAGUUUUAGUUUCUCGCAAAGAAGUCUAUCUUGGUUCGGAACUAAAAGCAGAACUCAAAUCAACCUUGUCGAAUCCGCCACCAUCACCGGUAGGUCAUGAGAAUAGCCCCGAUUACAAGUCACAUGCCAUUAACGAAGUGUGUGGCGAACCAAGUCCCGAGAAACCAUCAACAUCGAAGGACAUUCCCACAGAUCCGGAACUCCUGACCUAUGACGAUGACUUUCUCGAUGUCAAUUGUGGUGACAUGGACUUUUUCUAAAAACAAACAAAACACGAAAUACCAAAUCAAUCUCGUAGGUAGAACCAUGUAAAUGAAUUAAUAUUGUAUUCUUGAAUUGCAAGAACGAAGCUCUUGCUUUAAGGUUUUUAGUUUUUAAACGAAAAUUGUAUUAAAAAAAUAGUAAACAAGUAAACGACGCAUUGCACUUUUUAUAAACUUCUUAGCUAAAUAUAAAUUAAGAAGCUUUAAAUUUUAUAUUAAAAUAUAUUUAAAAAAAAUAAAUAAAACUAUUGGCGACUUGUUAAGAUAUAAAUGGUAAAAAGAUGCAUAUAACUAUACUUAAAGUAAAGUAAAGAAAAUUUAAUAUUAUUUGUAAAAAAAUAAAUAAAAAACAAUAAAACAUAAAAAGCGCGAUUCGAUGUAAAAG